CGCACCUUGAGGCGGAAUAUUCCGAACGUUACCGAAGUUUUCAUUGUUUACCGAAAAAUGGCCGCCUCCACAAGUGAUGGAGGCCAAACUCACAUCAUUGAUAAUUUGGAAACAGCGUUUCAGAAUUGUCUUGCCUUGGUCACUACCCAGGAGCAUUUCAAUGUUGUUGAUUCCGAAGAGACGAAGACAGGGGUGGACCACACAAUAUCCAAGUUCCUGGAUCUGGCUCGUCAGACAGAGGCGUACUUCCUGAGUCAGAGGCUCAUCAUGUCCACGGAGAAGCCGGAGCAGGUGCUGAAGGAGGACAUCGCCGACCUGAAGAGUGAGAUUGAGAGAAAAGAGAAGCUGAUAGAAAAACACCAUGAACGUCUACAGCACUGGCAGAACCUCCUCCGCAACAUGCCUGGCACUGGCACCCCCCAGCAGCCCUCGCUUCACCAGCAGCAACCCCCCCAGAUGCAACAACCUCCCCCUCCCCAGCCGAUGCACCCACAGCAGCACCCAGGCAUGGCCCCGUACCCUGGCCCCCCCAUGCCAGGUGCCGUCCCUCAGCCUUUCGUCAUGCCUCCGCCUCAACCCCCACCAGCAUACCAACCAGGGCCCCUAGCUUACCUGGAACAAACCAUGUCCAACAUUGGUAUGCCUGAUCGAAGAUAGCGUGUGUUAUAUCACGUCCAACAUUGGUAUGCCUGAUCGAAGAUAGCGUGUUAUAUCACAUCCAACAUUGGUAUGCCUGAUCGAAGAUAGCGUGUUAUAUCACAUCCAACAUUGGUAUGCCUGAUCGAAGAUAGCGUGUUAUAUCACGUCCAACAUUGGUAUGCGUGAUCGAAGAUAGCGUGUGUUAUAUCACGUCCAACAUUGGUAUGCCUGAUCGAAGAUAGCGUGUGUUAUAUCACAUCCAACAUUGGUAUGCCUGAUCAAAGAUAGCGUGUGUUAUAUCACGUCCAAUAUUGGUAUGUCUGAUUGGAGAGUUUAUGUGUGUUGUCAAGUCCAGCAUAGGAACCGGUAUCUGAGAUAGAGUGAGUUAUUUCAUUGAAACAUUGGCAUGCUAGAACGGAGAGAGCAUAUUCCAUGUCUUGUUCCACAUGGGUCUACUUGAUGUCCCACUGUGGCUAAUUGGAGGUAGCAUAUACUAUUUCAUACCUGCAACUCAUGAUGGCAAACACUGACAUGAACUGGAGCCGAGACAGUGCAUCAAUUGCAGUCAGUGUCUCUGAACAGCGAUGUGCCUAACCUAGGCCCACAUCAGCAUGCAAACUUUGAGAAAACAUUGUCAAUAUUAGGAUUGCAUUUGGAGACAGUAUACUAGAAGAGACGAUGUCAACAAACACUGACAGUGAUAUUCCCACCCUGUGUGUGUCCCUGCAUCAAACAGCCUCAACUACAGGCUCGUAGGGCCUGCAGUGUUAUAAGUUAUACUUGUGAAGACAGUGCUCACACAGCCUGGUAACGAAUAAAGUGGAUAAUUUCGUUGUGUGAAAUGUUACACAUUCUAUACUGAACACAAAAAGUUAGGGAUCACGAGUAUUUCGGGGGAUAUUUUUAUGAAAUUGUGUCGUCACUCUUCACUAGAAAACAAAAUCCAAAAAAAUAUUCAUGAUCCCUGACAUUUUGUGUUCAGUAUAGAUGCAAUGUUAUAUGACAAAUGUUACGUGAGACAGACGGCAUACUGGCGAGUCUGAUACUUGACAGUAAGGAUUUACUUGAGCUGGUGAUGCACCGACAGGAAUCAUGUGUGAAACUUCAAUAAAUGACAUUAUUCAGGAA